UUCGAGCGAGCAGCUACCUGUUAAGCUCUAAAACCCCAACGGAGGAAAUCGCCGAGGAAAAAAGCAAGAGCCACAACAAUGUCGCAGUUCUGGAAACCAGGGACCGAGAAGCCCCGCCUCGUCGACGACGAAGAGGGCGGUGUCCUUUUCUUCAAUUCCCCUUCUGGGUACGCGAACAUUGAGCGGCAGAGGCAAAGGCUGCCCGUGUUCCGGUACCGCACCGCCAUUCUUUACCUGGUAGAGACUCACGCCACUACCAUCGUAGUCGGCGAAACGGGCAGCGGCAAAACCACCCAAAUUCCUCAGUACCUCAAAGAAGCCGGUUGGGCUGACGGAGGGCGGGUUAUAGCGUGCACCCAGCCAAGGAGGCUGGCUGUCCAGGCAGUUGCUGCAAGGGUCGCGGAAGAAAUGGGGGUCAAGCUUGGGGAGGAAGUUGGCUACACUAUAAGAUUUGAAGAUGUUACAACACAGGGUGUAACUAUGAUAAAGUUUUUGACUGAUGGUGUGCUACUCAGGGAAAUGAUGGAUGAUCCUCUUUUGACUAAAUAUAGCGUCAUAAUGGUUGAUGAGGCUCAUGAAAGGUCUAUCGCAACUGACAUUUUAUUGGGUCUCCUGAAAAAGAUCCAACGACGCCGACCUGAGCUGCGUCUGAUUAUCUCAUCUGCCACAAUUCAAGCAAAGUCGAUGUCUGAAUUCUUUCAGCCCAGAAAAAGUCGUCGCAGACCAGACGGAGAGGAUCUUGGACCAAAUACGGAGCCUGCAGUCCUAUCAGUUGAGGGUAGAGGGUUUAAUGUACAAAUUCAUUAUGUGGAGGAGCCUGUAUCUGACUAUCUUCGGGCUACUGUGUCAACUGUAUUAUUGAUCCAUGACCAGGAACCAAUGGGAGAUAUUCUGGUUUUUCUUACUGGUCAAGAUGAUAUUGAUGCUGCUGUACAGCUGAUUACUGAAGAAGCUCAAAACCGUGGAAAGAACUCAUCAGGAUUGAUGCUUGUGCCGCUCUACUCAGGACUUCCACGUGCUGAGCAGGAGCUGGUGUUCACUCCUACUCCCAGAGGGAAGAGGAAAGUAGUGAUAUCAACCAAUAUAGCAGAGACGUCAAUAACUUUGGAGGGCGUUGUCUAUGUUGUUGACAGUGGGUUCUCGAAGCAGCGUUUCUACAACCCGAUAACAGAUAUUGAAAAUCUGGUAGUGGCACCAAUAUCCAAGGCAUCUGCUAGACAAAGAACUGGUAGGGCUGGAAGAGUUCGGCCUGGGAAAUGUUACAGGCUAUAUACGGAAGAGUAUUUUGCAAAGGAAAUGUCUGAUGAGGGGAUUCCAGAGAUACAGAGGUCAAAUCUUGUGUCCUGUGUGAUUCAGUUAAAAGCCUUGGGAAUAGAUAAUAUCCUGGGUUUUGAUUGGCCAGCAUCUCCUUCUUCCGAAGCAAUGGUUCGAGCGCUUGAAGUGCUUUAUUCACUUGGAGUCCUAGAUGAUGAUGCAAAACUUACUUCGCCAACUGGAUUUCAAAUUGCUGAGUUUCCAUUGGAACCAAUGAUUGCAAAAAUGAUAUUAUCUUCAGGUGAACUGGGGUGUUCAGAAGAGAUAAUUACCAUUGCUGCCGUUCUCUCCAUUCAAACUAUCUGGGUUUCGGGUAGGGGAUCGCAGAAGGAACUGGAUGAAGCCAAGUUGAAUUUUGCGGCUGCUGAGGGCGACCACGUGAGUUUCCUAAAUGUCUACAAAGGAUUUCUUCAGUCUGGUAAAUCGCCGCAGUGGUGCCAUAAGAACUUUGUAAACUACCAAGCCAUGAAAAAGGUUAUUGAAAUUAGAGGACAACUCAGAAGAACGGCUCAGAGAUUAGGCGUUGUCUUGAAAUCUUGUGAAAGAGACACAGUGGUAGUGAGGAAGGCCAUUACUAGUGGGUUUUUCGCUAAUGCAUGUCGAUUAGAUGCAUCAAGUCACGACGGGAAGUACAAGACUAUUAGAGGUUCUCAAGAAGUUUAUAUUCACCCAUCAUCCGUGUUAUUCAGAGUUAAUCCCAAGUGGGUUCUGUACCAUUCUCUUGUCUCAACCGACAAGCAGUACAUGCGGAAUGUGAUUUCGAUAGAUCCUUCUUGGCUCACAGAGGCAGCUCCACAUUUUUACCAGCACCAGCGACUCAACUCGAUGGUUCACUAAUCCUGCCGUCGGUGUCGGUUUUGCUCAUUAUAACCUAUUGACCUCGAUAUAACUUGGUGUUCUGGAGUUUGGUUGUAAAUAAAACGUGCUUAUGUUCUUAUUAGUAAAAUUUACCCAAAAGGAUCAACACCAUUUCAAAUUUGUCUGUAAAUUGUUUCUUUUACAAGUUUCAUUCUUUCUUCCAACCAAAUGGACCAACUGUUUCAAACAUAACCAUUCACUAAUGGAUUAGGUUGAAUUGGAGUGUUA